GAUCUGUUCAAACAGUUGCGAUAAUAUCGUAGCAAUUCUUGCUUCAAUUCUUUGCUAAAUACAUAUUUCACUUCAUAAAGAAUUGUGAACAAAAUUAUGGAUUGUCUGACAAACCCUCAGAAUAUCGACAAUUUGGCUCUAGUUCUUCACGAGAAAGAAGAUCUACGACUACAGCAGUGGCCCAUUCAAGACAAACUCGAACCAAAUGGAUUUGUCGCCGAUUUUGUGGUUAGAAAGCCAUAUGUGUUAGGACACGAACCAUCAGCACUGGUAGUUGCCGUUGGCAAGGAUGUGGAUAACCUGAAACCAGGGGAUAGAGUGGCUGUAGAGCCGGCACUUCCAUGUCUGCAGUGCGAGUUCUGUCGCAGCGGUCGAUACAACUUAUGUCCGCUCUCUAACCAACAGUCCCAUGGCUUACCGCCCGCUGAUGGAUGUCUUCGCAGAUUUUAUGCACACAGAGCCGACUUUUGCUAUAAACUUCCGGAUAACGUAUCCUACGAAGAGGGAGCACUGGUAGAAGCUCUGGCAGUUGUGGUACACGCUUGCCGUCGAGUGGACGUACAUGUGGGCCAUCAGGUGCUGAUCUGUGGUGCGGGACCAGUCGGAAUUAUGAGUGCUUUGUGCGCCAAAGCAUUCGGGGCAACAAAAGUAUUCCUCACAGACAUCAAUGAAAGUCGUCUAAAACUGGCGUCUGAGUUGGGCGCCGACGGAGUCUUCGUAAUUGNCGGGAUCGUUGGAUUGGGGGCUGAUUCACGUAUACCAUUAAGUUCUGCAGCCAUGAGGGAAGUGGAUUUGAUUGGUGUCUGUCGUAUCAAAGACGACUAUGAAUUGGCGAUACAAUUGAUAUCAAGUGGUAAACUCAAUGUUAAGCCAUUGAUAACACAUAAGUUUCAAAUCGAAGAAGCGAUCGAAGCGUUCAAUCUAUUGAGAAGUGGUGCCGAAGGAGUGGUCAAAUUUCAAAUCGAAGAAGCGAUCGAAGCGUUCAAUCUAUUGAGAAGUGGUGCCGAAGGAGUGGUCAAACAUUUCUGGGGCCCCGUGGCCAAUUGGGGGAUACCUAUCGCGGCCAUCGCGGACAUCAAGAAAGAUCCGUCUUUUAUUAGCGGCAAAAUGACAAUCGCUCUUUGCGUAUAUUCCCUGCUGUUCAUGAGAUUUGCGAUACGAGUGAAGCCAACAAUCGCUCUUUGCGUAUAUUCCCUGCUGUUCAUGAGAUUUGCGAUACGAGUGAAGCCAAGAAAUAUGUUACUAUUUUCGUGUCACUUCACCAAUGAAGUGGCACAAGUGGUCCAGGGGUGCAGACUUGUCAAUCAUGAAUACCUCACCCCUUCCACUCCCACCCCAUGAAAUCUCUCUCUAAAUCUCUUGUUAUAUGAAAUUCUAGUAGAAAUUACGAGU